GCUAAAGCCCCCGUGUGGUCUGGAAAGGAGCUCACAGCUGCUGUUGUCUGCACAGGAGGUGUCCAGCACUUACCAUGCGACCUGUGGUCCUGCUGUGGAGCUGCCUCAUGCUCCCAGGUUAUGAAGCCCUGAAAGGUCCAAAGUACAUCAGCGGAUUUGAAGGUGACACUGUGUCCCUGAAGUGCACGUACGGGAAAGAAGAGAGGGAGCGCAAGAAGUACUGGUGCAAGCAGAUUGGGUACCUGGUCCCCCGUUGCUCCAGCACCAUCUACUCAGGAGAAGACGGCCAAGAGAUAACGCAGGGCAGAGUGUCCAUCUGCGACAACCCCCAAGAGCUGGCAUUCACUGUGACCCUGAGGGAUCUCACCCUGCAGGAUGCCGGGAAGUACUGGUGUGGGGCMGAUAAACUGGGCUUUGAUGAGACUUUCCUGGUCUCUCUGACCGUCUUUCCAGGACCCUGCUGCCCCACUUCCCCAACUCUCUUCUUGCAGCCUCUGUCUCCAGCAAGCCUGCAGCCCCAGGCAAAAGCCCGGCAAACCCAGCCCCCAGCACUGACUCCUCCUGAUCUCCACCUGGCAGUCACCACAGCCAAGCAGGGGAAGACAGGGACUGAGGCCUCUCCCGUCAUAGGGACAGUCCCGUUGCAGCAUGCAGGAACGACCACACACACAGGAACCUCUCCGUAUGCAGGAACCUCUGCUCACACAGCGACCUCUCCUCAUGCAGGGAGCUCCCGCCCACCCAUGCCGCUGGACUCCACCCUGGCAGAGGACACUAGUCCUGUCCCCAUCAGCCACAGCUCCAGGUCCAGGGUGUCCAUCCCAAUGGUCCGAAUAUUGGCCCCGGUUCUGGUGCUCUUGUCCCUUCUGCUGGCUGCAGGCCUGAUUGCCUCUGGGAGCCUCUUACUCCGGUGGAGAAAGACAGCUCAGCUGGCCCUGGAGACCCAAAAGAAUGAGAAGGUCCAUCUCCCAACCCUGCCCCUGGGGAACAGCUGGGUCCCUGAAGAAGCUGUGAUCAACCUGUCAGGACCCACCGAGCCUCUCACCAGCCUCAAAUCCUCUGCCAGCCCCUACAAGGAGACCCUGUGCCUAAACCAGACUACAGAGGAACUGGAAGCCCCUUCCCUGGACCCCAUGGAAAGCACAAUCCCAGAUCCUCUGCCCCUGAUGUCUGAGGAGGAGCUGGGUUUCUCCAAGUUCAUCUCAGUGUAACUGUAGAAGGCUCUCCUGGCCAGGCCGAUGGUGAAACUGAAUGGCUGGAUUUGCACUAACUCUCAUGAGCUUUCUGCCAUAACCUCGGAGUCCAUCUGCCCACACUCCAGGACUCAGCCCACCCUCCCCAGGCUCCCUUCCUACAUGUCCCAGCAUGACAGAAGUGUCUGUCAGCUGUGGACAAGGCUGGGACCUCCCCAGCAUGUUCACAUCGCUGGGCAGGACACACAGCUGUGGACCCUCAUCUGGGUCAGGCAGGGCUCAGCAGAUCUGGGCUGAGUUUGUAUCCACUCCAGGAAAUCCCAACCACCACCCCCAUCCCCCACACUGCCUUCUCCUCCCUCAAAUUCUCCUCCAUCAGCUGCUGAGAGGAGGGAACAUUCUAGGGUUGAGCCCUGAUUUCAGUUUCUCAAAGCAUGCUGUGAAUCCCCUGUGGCUCAGCCCUUCAGUAAGCUAAUUUAAAUGUGAUUCCUGGGUCCCUUGGAGACCCACUGGAAWCCAUCCCUGGAACUGGGCUAACAAGUGCCCUGACAAUUCUUACACUUGAGUGCGAAGGCCCAGUGGGCCUGAUAUCCUCAGACCCUUGAGAGUCUGUAUUUAGUGCCUAGGGUCUCCCACAUGUUCCCUACAGGGGCUACUGACACCAUGACCCAAGGGGGGGCAGGGUUCUUGCGACUUUCUGAAGUYCCAAGUUCCCUUCCUGGGUCAAGGGCAUAUUGGAAACAUUCAACCCAGAACUGUCAGAGAGGGGCCACCUUUCUAUUCUCCCUACCUAGCCCUGUACUCCUGCCUUUGGAAGAUGCUGGAGAAAAACUUGACUCCUUUCUUUUCUAGAAAGGGUUAAUAUUCCAUGGGUGGUAGCCAGGAGAGGAGCAGAAAACCAGAAUGCAAGUGAGCAUCUUUUAGAUAAAAGGGAGGAGGAAGGGAGCGGGAUAGGAGCUUGAGGAUGACCCUGAGUCCAGCACCCUGAAGAAGUGGGAGGCAGCUGCCRUAGCAAAACAUUCUUCUUUUUAAAAAAUGAGAUGUAAAAAUGAGACGCCUGUAAUCCCUGCAGCUCCAGAGCCUGAGA